UGCUUCCGGGUCGGCGGAAAGGCGCCACCAUGGAGCCUCGCGGGGUUACGACGCUGGCGGACCCGUGGGCCGGUGUCUAAAGCGAGGGAGCUGCCGCGCGGCCCGAGCCGCAGUGGGGCCGGCAGGUCGGUCCCGCAGGCUGGUCCCGAAGGCCCGCGGCUGCUGCCAUGUCGGUCCUGGGCGAAUACGAGCGACACUGCGAUUCUCUCAACUCGGACUUUGGGAGCGAGUCCGGGGGCGGCGGGGACUCGGGCCCGAGCCCCGGAGGCGGUCCAGGGCCGCGAGGCAGCGCGGCGGAGCAGGAGGAGCUGCACUACAUCCCCAUCCGCGUGCUGGGCCGCGGCGCCUUCGGGGAGGCCACGCUGUACCGCCGCACCGAGGAUGACUCACUGGUUGUAUGGAAGGAAGUCGAUUUGACCCGACUGUCUGAGAAGGAGCGUCGUGAUGCCUUGAAUGAGAUUGUUAUUCUGGCGCUCCUGCAGCACGACAACAUUAUUGCCUACUACAAUCACUUCAUGGACAACACCACCCUUCUGAUUGAGCUGGAGUACUGUAAUGGAGGGAACCUGUAUGACAAAAUCCUUCGUCAGAAGGACAAGUUGUUUGAAGAAGAGAUGGUGGUGUGGUACCUAUUUCAGAUUGUUUCAGCUGUGAGCUGCAUCCAUAAAGCUGGAAUUCUACAUAGAGACAUAAAGACGUUAAAUAUUUUUUUGACCAAAGCAAACCUGAUCAAACUUGGAGAUUAUGGCCUCGCAAAGAAACUUAAUUCUGAAUAUUCCAUGGCUGAGACGCUUGUGGGAACUCCAUACUAUAUGUCUCCAGAGCUCUGCCAGGGAGUGAAAUAUAAUUUCAAAUCUGAUAUCUGGGCAGUAGGCUGCGUUAUUUUUGAACUGUUAACGCUCAAGAGGACAUUUGAUGCAACGAAUCCACUCAACCUGUGUGUGAAGAUUGUACAAGGAAUCCGUGCAAUGGAAGUUGAUUCAAGCCAGUAUUCUUUGGAACUGAUCCAAAUGGUUCAUUCAUGCCUGGACCAGGAUCCUGAGCAGAGACCCACUGCAGAUGAACUUCUAGACCAUCCCCUUCUCAGGAAACGCAGAAGAGAGAUGGAGGAAAGAGUCAAACUGCUUAAUGCACCAACAAAGAGACCAAGGUCAAGCACAGUGUCUGAAGCUCCCAUUGCUGUGGUUACAUCAAGAACCAGUGAAGUCUAUGUUUGGGGUGGUGGGAAAUCCACUCCCCAGAAACUAGAUGUCAUCAGGAGUGGCUGUAGUGCCCGACAGGUGUGCGCAGGAAAUACCCAUUUUGCUGUGGUCACUGUGGAGAAGGAACUGUACACCUGGGUGAACAUGCAAGGGGGUACUAAACUCCACGGCCAGCUGGGCCAUGGAGACAAAGCCUCCUAUCGACAGCCAAAGCAUGUGGAGAAGUUACAAGGCAAAGCUAUCCAUCAGGUGUCCUGUGGUGAUGAUUUCACUGUUUGUGUGACAGAUGAGGGUCAGCUCUAUGCCUUUGGAUCAGAUUAUUAUGGCUGCAUGGGAGUGGACAAGGUCGCUGGCCCUGAAGUACUAGAACCCAUGCAGCUGAACUUCUUCCUCAGCAAUCCUGUGGAGCAAGUCUCCUGUGGAGAUAAUCACGUAGUAGUUCUGACACGAAACAAGGAAGUGUAUUCUUGGGGCUGUGGCGAGUAUGGGCGACUGGGUUUGGAUUCAGAAGAGGAUUAUUAUACACCACAAAAGGUGGAUGUCCCCAAAGCCUUGCUUAUUGUCUCAGUGCAAUGUGGCUGUGAUGGGACGUUUCUGCUGACCCAGUCAGGCAAAGUGCUGGCCUGUGGGCUCAAUGAGUUCAACAAACUGGGCCUGAAUCAGUGCAUGUCUGGAAUCAUCAACCAUGAAGCAUACCAUGAAGUUCCCUACACAACCUCUUUUACCUUGGCCAAGCAGCUGUCCUUUUAUAAAAUCAGAACCGUUGCCCCAGGCAAGACGCACACAGCUGCUAUUGAUGAGCGAGGCCGACUGUUGACCUUUGGCUGCAAUAAGUGUGGGCAGCUCGGUGUUGGAAACUAUAAGAAGCGUCUCGGAAUCAACCUGUUGGGAGGACCCUUAGGUGGGAAACAAGUGAUCAGGGUAUCCUGUGGUGAUGAGUUUACUAUUGCUGCCACUAAUGAUAAUCACAUUUUUGCCUGGGGCAAUGGUGGUAAUGGCCGCUUGGCAAUGACCCCCACUGAGAGACCGCAUGGCUCUGAUAUCUGUACCUCAUGGCCUCGGCCCAUUUUUGGAUCUCUGCAUCAUGUUCCAGACCUCUCUUGUCGGGGUUGGCACACCAUUCUCAUUGUUGAGAAAGUAUUGAAUUCCAAGACCAUCCGUUCCAAUAGCAGUGGCUUGUCCAUUGGAACUGUGGUUCCGAACUCCAGCCCCACAAGUGGUGGUGGUGUUGAAGAGGAAGACAGUCAGCAGGAAUCUGAAACUCCUGAUCCAAGUGGAGGUUUCCGAGGAACAAUGGAAGCAGAUCGAGGAAUGGAAGGUUUAAUCAGUCCCACCGAGGCCGUGGGGAUCAGUAGUGGGGCCAGCAGCUCCUGUCCUGGCUGGCUUCGAAAGGAGCUGGAAAACGCAGAAUUCAUCCCCAUGCCUGACAGCCCCUCUCCCCUGAGCGCAGCCUUUCCAGAAUCUGAGAAAGAUACUCUGCCCUACGAAGAGCUGCAAGGACUCAAAGUGGCCUCUGAAGCUCCUUCAGAACACAAGCCUCCAGCGGUUGCCUGGCCUCCUCGGUUAACUCCUGCAGUAACAUGUGCCAGAAAGGGAACCUCGUUAACGCCCCCUACCUGUGCAUGUAGCUCCCUGCAGGUGGAAGUUGAGCGAUUACAGGGGCUCGUGUUAAAGUGCCUGGCUGAACAACAGAAGCUACAACAAGAAAACCUCCAGAUUUUUACCCAACUCCAGAACAAGAAGUUGGAAGGCGGACGGCAGGUGGGGAUGCAUUCCAAAGGAACUCAGACAUCAAAGGAAGAGAUGGAAGUAGAUCCAAAGCCUGACUUAGAUUCGGAUUCCUGGUGCCUCCUGGGAACAGAUUCCUGUCGAUCCAGCCUCUAGUCUCCUGAGCCUGUACAGCCCCAGGAAACUGGGGUGCAACGAACUUCACAGCACACUUACAAAUGCAAAGAGCAGCUUUCCUGGCUUUGUUCACUUGCAGACAAGGAGUGCAAGGCAGAGGCUCCGAAGUCAUUUCCAUGGACAUGUGGAGAGUGGCCCUGCCUUUUAGAUAGGAUCUAGGAGUCAUUUUACUGUCUUGGGGAAUGAAAGGGCCCCAUGGCCCUGGCUUUGUCCUCAGUGACUGCCAUAGCAACAGCAGCUCUGUACCUCAUCUGUUGAUCCCACCUUUGAAGAAGAGAUGCAUCGCUCACCUUAGUUGCUCUGGUAGCAGCUUUUAUCUCAUUUAUCAUUUUCACCAUUGAUUGGAAGGUGCCUUGGGAAUUCAACGCCAGGCAUUUCAACUCUGGGUGAUGAGGGAAACAUGUAAAGCCGGAGUGGGCCGGUUCCUGGAACCAGGUGCAGCCUGCCCGGGGUCAUCUGGAUAGUGUUGAAGUGUCCUGAGCAAUCCCAGGAGCCCUGGGCCCAGGAAGAAACGUCUGUGGUAUCAAAGUAUGGCUUGUUUUCUGAAAGCUCAGCUACUUCAUGUAGCUAAAUGCUCUAGGAGGAGAAGUGGGCCUAGAUUGCUUUUCCUUUGAGGUUAGUUGAAAUUUUGUGAGAAGGAUGGGCAGGUCCCACCUCAUCACACAGCUGGAGUGUUGGGCUGUGACCAGUGCAGUAUGGAUUUCCUGCCUUUGGAAGAUGCUGCUAAGAGAUGAGGUGAAGAAUUAAGUCAGUGGUGCACAAGCAUGCCCUUACAAGAAAAUGAGGAGGUUCCUUGAGCUCUCCCCUUGUACCAUAG